UCACGUGGGGGGGCAGGAUUUAAACCCUGGCUCCUCCCCAUCACCAUGGCAACAGCAGCGCUUUCCCUCCCGAGACCCCCGCCCUGCCCCCAUUGCGUGCUACCCACUGGCCCGCUGCGGCUGGUCACCAUGGAAACGCAACCUGCAUCUCCGGCUCAUCCUCGGCAAAGCUGGCGCCAGCGUGGGCCCCGCUGAGAGCCACGGGCACCAAAAUUCCAGCAGCAGCCGUCAGGUCCCCACCGGAAACGCAAGACAGCCGGGGCUGCCGUCCCAGCCAUGUCGGGGGGAGCUCAUCGGAGGCCAGUGAGGCACCCGAGCCUCCUGGGUCCCCUCUCCCCCUCUUGCUGACCAUUUCUCCGAGGCGUGUUUCCAACGCAAUGCUGUUUCCCGUCUCCCCUCGAAAGCAAAAACAAGCAGCCCCGAAGAGCUGGGGAUCAAUACAGGGCCCGGGUCCGCACUGGCUGCCAACAAGCCCGCUGGAGGGCUGAGGUCUCUGGGUUCGUCUGGAUGGAGCUGGGGAGGGACCUCGAGGGCUUUAUAAGGCGCCUGGGCCACGGCACAGCAGAGCCGGCUCCCGACAGCACAAGCCGUCCAGCUCUGCAGACGCGAUGCCCCACCUGUACGCGUGCUCUCUGGCCCUGAUGCUGACCCUGGCCGCCUCCUCUGAGGCCUCGUGGAGGCCACGCUCCCAGCAGCAGGCUGCACCCUGGGGCCCCUCGACCAGCAGGGGCGUGGAGACCCACUGGCUGGACCUACCCGGCCCAGCAUCGGCCCAGCGAAGACAGCUGGGGCCCCCGGGGCCCCCACACCCUAUGGCAGACCUGUCCAAGAAGCAGGGGCCAUGGGCAGAGGAAGAGGAGGCGGCCUACGGGUGGAUGGACUUCGGCCGCCGCAGUGCUGAGGACCCCGGCCGGCGCCCCUAGCCCAGCUUCAGGACAGCCCAGCCUUGUGCCAAGGGACACAAAUCCAA